AUGUUAUCAAUUGGACAAAUCAGACCCGAAAAAGAUCAUCGGCUGCAGAUCUGCUUCCUGGCGGAGCUCAAAAAACGAUUGGUAAAAGAAAAUCUUGAUUAUAAAGUUCGGCUGGUAAUAUGCGGCGGAUGUCGGGAUCAACAAGAUGUUCAGCGCGCGAAAGAUUUGCAGCUAUAUGCGCAAGAAAUGGGACUUACUGAUGAUGACUUGGAAUGGGCGCUGAAUGUUUCGGCUGAUAAAUUGGCA